AGGCAGUAAACAGUAAAGCAAUACGAAGUGGAGACAUUUUCUACGACUACUGCUACGGCCUACGACUCUCCAUUGUAGAUGGCCCUGUACGCUUUGCCUGAAUGGUUCAUCGUAAAACACACAUGUGACAUCAGUGUUCUUGUUCAAGCUUGUUCACAGUAGUCACACAAUAGAAGUGUCGUUUCCGCAUUCUGCCUUUUUAUUUAUCUUCUCGUUUUUCCAAGAUUUAUGAUAACCACGUGAUAAGUGAGACUGGAAGGAAGUGAGAGAAUAUCAAUUUAAGAGGUGGGAGAGAGGACAGCUGUUUCGGAAUAGAGUGUGUUCAAGAAUUGUCCAGAAUAGGGAGAUUUCAAAAUAAAGAGCUUCUGCUGCACGCGCGGGAGUGGAUUAAUUUCGAGAGGAGUGUGCUCGUAUACAACUGUGCCGGCAUCUGCGAGGCAUCUAAUCUUAUCGUAUCUUAUUUUUGCGUUUCUGGAAAUUAACGCCUCACGUACAGGCACUUAUUUUUCAUUAAGUUUGUCGGAUUAAUUGUAUUUUAAUUGCAGCAUGUUUAAUGUCGUGAGAUAUCAUACGAAAGUAUUAGGAGUGUAUAACGCUACGAGACACAUACUUGGCCGACAGCAACACCUGUUUGUGAGAGCCGACGUCGUGCGAUGUAAUAAUGUUUCCUUAAAGGAAUACUGUUCAAAAUUUCUAUUACAAAAGAGACCACUUCAGCGAGUGAACGUCGUAAUUCGUAAUUAUGCCUCAAAACCGAGCAGUAAACGUGACAAAAUUGUGGGAUCCUGGUUGCUCACUUGUGGUGGCAUGGUUUUCGUAGCGGUCGCACUAGGUGGUAUAACAAGACUUACCGAAUCAGGCUUGUCUAUGGUCACUUGGAAAUUGCUAGGAGAGAAAAUGCCCCUCGACGAGACCCAAUGGCUCUCUGAAUUUGAACGUUACAAACAAUUUCCUGAAUAUAAAAUCACCAACUACAAUAUGACAUUGGAAGAGUUCAAACGUAUCUGGUGGAUGGAAUAUUUGCAUAGAAUGUGGGGACGUUUAAUUGGCGGUGUAUUUGUAAUUCCAGCGACAUACUUUUGGUAUAAAGGUAUGCUAAAACCUGGAAUGAAAACGCGCGUUGUUGUCUUAGGAUCGCUAAUUGGCUUGCAAGGACUCAUGGGAUGGUACAUGGUUAAAUCUGGAUUGGAAGAUCGUUUUAUAGAACCUUCCGACGUUCCGCGGGUGUCGCAGUAUCGUUUAGCUGCACAUCUCGGAUUGGCAUUGCUUUUGUAUACCGGAUUUCUUUAUAACGCUUUAGAUCAUCUGAUUCCUGCUGAAAAGCUAACUGCUAAUCUGUCUGGUACCGUAAUCACAAGUAGUGCACUGAAAGCAGUGAAAAGGUUUAAAAAAUUAAUUCACUCGACAAAAGGGCUGGUAUUUCUCACCGCUCUAUCAGGAGCAUUUGUAGCUGGAAUGGACGCUGGUCUUAUUUAUAAUACUUUCCCAAAAAUGGCCGAUAAAUGGAUACCUGAUGAUAUACUUGGUAUAUCUCCAGUAUUAAGAAACUUCACGGAAAAUCCAGCUACUGUUCAAUUUGAUCACAGGAUAUUGGGAAUCACUACCAUAGCAUUGAUUACUUGUUUGGGUAUUCUGUCUCGUAAACAUAGACUUCCUGGUCGAGGAAGAAAGGCUGUAGCCGCGGUACUUUGUGCCGGUUACCUUCAAGUACUUUUAGGUAUUUCGACUUUAUUAUAUCAUGUUCCUCUAACACUAGCUGCGUCGCAUCAAUCUGGUAGUCUCAUACUUUUAAGUACUAUAAUUUGGUUGUGUCAUGAACUGAGAUAUUUAGGAAAGUUUGCUAAGUAAAUUUGUGAACUAGCACAACUGUAACAACAUAAUUAUAAAUUUGUAACAUUUUGUACAAAGUAAAGAUAAAAAAGAUAAUUAUUCAUAAAACAUU